AUGUCCACCGCUGGGCUCACAGCUACACCUGAGCGACUGCUCCGACUCCUCUUUGCCGGGGUCUGUGGCCUCACCCAGGUGGGGCUGCUGGCCAAUGGGCCGAUGCUGCUGGUGGUGGGCCGGGGUCCGGGCGCCCCCCACCCACUCCUCACCUUGACCAACAGCCUCACGGCGAGCAUCACACUGUCUGACCUGCUCUUCCUGGCCGGCGUGGUGCCCGUGCUCCUGCUGAGCUUCCUGUGGCAGGACUGGUGGCUGGCCCCCACCAUCUGCACCAUCAGCCAGGCUGCCAAUGACACCACCAUGUUCUGCACCUUCUAUGGCAUGGUGGCCAUGGCUCUUCUGUGCCAUGUGGCAGUGGCCUGGCCUGACGUGGCCCUCCCGUCUGGCCUGGGUGCCCGCCUGCUUCUCUGUGGGGCCACGUGGGUCCUGGGCCUCACUGCAUCGCUACCCAACUGGCUGUUCCAGCGAGCGGUCGUGGAGGAGGAGGCCCAGGCCUGCCUCUUGCUCCUGAACCCUGCUCAGACCUGCUACUUUACCCUGCUGGGAUCCCUGGCCUUCCUGCCUUGCAUGAUGGGGCUGGGCUGCUCUUUCAGCCACCUGGGCUGGCUCCUAUGGAAACAUACCCGCUAUAUGGCAGCUGUGGGUGACCUGCCUGCCAUACUGGUGGCUUUUGUGGCAUCCAGCCUCUGCACCAUCCUGGCCUACUCCAACUGUGCUGUCAGCCCCAUCCUCUGCUUCUACCUCUCUUGCCCCUUCCAGAGCCAACUGGAGGUCUUCACCUCUCCUACCCCAUCCCCUCUGAGAAGUUCCCCAACUCCAUGA